AUGGCGGACGUUGGCGACGAGACCUCCCACGUCCAGGAGCCUCUUGACCUGGUCAAGCUCCUGCUCGAUGAGGUAGUUUUCGUCAAGCUCAGAGGCGACCGUGAGCUUAAGGGCCGGCUUCAUGCAUACGACAGUCAUUGCAACUUGGUGCUGGGGGAGGUCGAGGAGACCAUCUACGUCGUCGAUGAGGAUGAGGAGGAAGAGGAGGUGAAGACCAUCAGCCGCAAGUCUGAGAUGCUGUUUGUUCGAGGCGAUAGUGUCGUUCUCAUCUCCCCUCAGGGAUCUUCAUAG